AUGCAGCCACGCUCUUACAAGCACAGGAGCAGUAAAAAAUAUGCAUUCAAGAACCAGGACGGGUCUAUGCUACAGGAGGUGAUUCGGUUGUUGGUACAGGAAGCAGAUGCGCUGGAACGCUUGAAGAGGGAGGAGGCAGACAAUGCUAAAUAUGUGCCAACCAUUCAAAAUAUUAUCGCUCCCGAUGGUUACCUGCCAAAUUCUGUGGUUCGUCAGCGUAUCGCUCUUCGUCUCUCUAAAGUAUUCAGGGAAAAACACAAACUCCCUCGAUACCUGUCAUCUAACACCAGUAUACUGAGCGCACCCCCUCCUUUUCCUGAACACAUCAAGAAGUCUUUGGUUAUUGGAGUCCAGCUUAAAAAGGUUACCGACGAGAUAAAACAGGAGGCUAAGCGUUUCAAGCAGAUGGCCAGCUAUUACGAGUCGAAGAAGAUGUCGCGUCUUCUCGAAGAGGCCGUGGAACGCGUUGAGGGUGAAACGGCCAAGCUUCGGCACGUUAAUACCAUGGCCCGAAAACGGAGUGCCUACAGAAUAAACAGGAAGCUCGCAAUGCUGAAGCUGCGCAAGGAACUCACUGCCUACGCCAGACAGCAAAUACAUGAAAACCAACGAAAGAAAGCACGUGAAGAAGCACGCAUGAGCCGACGACCUAUUCGACCCACUAAAAAACCUGUGAAACGCCUAUCUGAUAAUGAAUUCAAUGAAAUGACCAUUAAGUUGACCGAAAAGUUCGGGUCUGACCAAAAAUUCUACAAUGUCAUGAACAGGGUAUUCGGAGACCCUCCAGAUGAGAGCGCUCGCAAAAAAAUAACCAGUAUCCUCGGAUCGCACGCUCAAUUUGUGCAAUUUCUUAACUUCUUCAAAAAACCUAGUACCCUUUUACCAUACCUUGCUUACAUUUUCGGCGGAAUCAAACGAAUUUUUCGUUUCAUUGACCGCGCACUUCUGGGUAAUCUCUGGUCGAUUUACAAGAUUGCUCAAGCAAUCGGCUUCGAUUUUAAGGCAACUCUCAAGUUUGUGUUGAGCGCUGAGGAAACUAUUUCAGCGGCUUGCGCCUGUUUAACCACAAAAACCUGUAAUUUCCAUUACGUCGAAGGGUAUAUUAAUCUCCUACUUAAAAAUGACUGGUCCGAAGCAGAUCUCCUUGAACUGGCGAACGGACGGUAUGUAGAAACCCUGAAACCCGGUGAUAAACCAAACCGCAACCCUCUACUCUCCGUACCAACGAAAAUGAGCGAGAAAUCCUUCCUGAGGUUUUACAAAGCACUUAAAGAAUUUGAUUAUAAAUAUUUUCAAACUAUUGGCAACAUUCAGUACGAACAGUCGUCCUAUAAGAAUCUGCUCAAGCGUAAAGACGGGCGCGAAUCGUCAGCUCAGUUUACCGAAGUUCUUAAGGCCAUUGAGGCUGAAGAGAAUCGUCCUAUUCUGCGGCCCAGUCCUGCCACUUACAGAAAACUGGCCUGUGUGAUGCUGGAAGUGACCCAGGAAAGCGGAAUGCCUGAGUUUUUGGCCAAGUACUUCACUCAUUUGGCCUCCAAACAUGUGAUAAUUAUGUCUUCGGCGAUACUCCUUGAAGUUCGCAACCAGUGCACGUCAGCUGAGGUCUUAUCCUUUCAAAUGAAUCGAUUUAUCAAAGUUUUUGCUGAUACCUGUUUUCAUGUGAACCGCAUAAUCGAGGAUCGUCUCUCAAAGGAUGCAGUCGUUAACCUACUUUUGAAUGUAGCUAAAGGAGAUCCAGACGAGUGUUACCGGUUCCGAACUUUACUGGACACCAACCUCGCAGCAUUCCUUGCCAAAGUUCUUCAGAGGCUUCAUGGAAAAGUUGUGAAUGGAAUUAUGCACUACGCUUUCCUUUCUAGUCACUCCGGAGAGCUAGAGGAUCUAUUAAAGGAAAGUCUUGCAACUAACGAGAAUUCCCCAUCAAAACCUCUAAUUCAAACUUGGAUCAUUCUCACAAAACUCGCCUUUUCAAUGGCUAGGGAAAUAAACGUCAGUCAGCACAUACCUGAGCUUCAGAAGAUAUUGAGGCAAACAAACUUCUUCAUUGAAGCCGGAUACAAGGGAAUACUGAAUGUUCCUCCGCCGCCACCAGAAGUAAAUCAAGGUCAUCGUCUGCGAAGCAUCUAUAUGCCCAUUAAGGCACAAGUUCCCACAGCAAGGGCGACCAAAAAAGUAGCCCAAAGACGCAAGCAACGUACAGGCACCCAGCAAAGGCGAGGACCAUACCGACAAAGAGCAGUUCGGAACUACCAACUUGCAGCGUCUUACACCUCAGAACCUUCAGUCAGGUACCACGAGUCUGAAGAUAGUGAGGAACAGGAAUUCUUUGAGAAAGAAAUAGAAAUAUUUUCGGCGCUGAAAAUUGGCUUCAGAUUAGACCUAGAUGACUUCGAGGAAGACAGUGAUGAUAGUUUAUUAACCCCCUCACUUGCUGGUGCAGUCAACUUCGAAAAAAAACAUUUUCUUGAAGGGGAUUCAGCCUUUGAAUCUUUAACAUCGCAGAUAAGGAAGGUGUACCACGAUAAGAUCUCCAGACAAAAGAUUGAACCAGCUUUAAUGGAACACGUAGAUGAGGGUUGGAGUGCUUUGGUUGAGCUUCAAGAAUCCGUGCAUGAAACGUACGGAAAAUUGAAAUACUACGCUGAAUACCUAAAAAAGGAACUUGCCGAGGAAGUAAAAUUUCUAUCAGACGUUGAAAAUGAGCGCAUUGAAUUCAGCCUCCCAGAAUCAGUAUCUAUUAAACCAACGGUUCUUCUCCCCACCAUGGUGGAGGAAGAAUCCCGUAAAGCUGCAGCGACUUAUACUCAACCGGCAAGUUUCCUUUAUUCUUAUAAUGAUAGCAAACACCAAAUGGCUAUUAAGCCCCCUCCUGAUCUUCAAAUCAAACCAAAUGUCGUACACUCACUGGAUGACUUCGUGUUGGAAGGUACGGGGCUUCUACUGAAGCCCUCUGCCAGUGACCUCUCUGAAAAUCUAUUUGUUCCCGAAAGUUCAUCCCUAAGUCCUCUGUCAACUGAUUCUUCAGAGAAAACCGUUGAAGUGAAAUUAAUCAUAGAGGAGAGCAAAGAGACCAAGCAAGAAGCGUACAAGAAAUCAAUUGAUGCUAUUAUCAAGAAAACAUUCCUUCCUAAGAUGAAGACAGUUAGUGAUAAACUAUACAUCAGAAAGAAGGCAGAGUUGGUUAGGGUCCUUCAGGCGACCCACAAAUACAGUAAAGAAUCGAUAGAAAAAAUAGUAAACGGGCUUUUCAAAGUGGGUCUCAUGGGCGUCACUCAUGACCGACUUUCGCAGCUAAUCGUUAAGGCACUUCAAAUGGAUAAGGGACUUCAAGAAAACAAAGAAAGUGAAGAUGAUUCGUCAAAUAUUCUACGCCUGCAUCAGGCUCAGCGAAUGGAUGACCUCAUUGACUGGGUUGAGUUAGUAGACGCGGGACCAGACCCACACACUCUCAUCGAAACUCCGCUCAGCGUGAUACCAGCUUUGUCAGAGUCAUCAAGUUCCAGCGAAUGGGUUGCAGCACCACGUUAUCAACCAAAACUUCCCCCUGUUAGCCCUAAACCGUCACUUGUGGAACAACCAGUGGUGGAUAAACCAAAACAGCCACGAAAAGUCAUCCCGAUCACACCGUCUUCACAAGGUUCUACAGAGAUCACACAAAAAGAAUCAGAUCUUGAACCUCCUACAGGAGAGAGUUUAGUUGAGACACCCGAUUCCACAAUGAGUGACUUGGUAGGGGAAUGGAAAACUUCAAGACAUCGAGAAUCCAAUGAGGACUUGAGAUCAGUGCUUUUAACAAGUUCUUUUGGUACUUGGGCCUAUUCCACAUCAACGGCUACUCCAAGCAGUGAGUUGACAGACAGAGUUCUUACAGAUGAGAAUGCUGAUAUAAACUAUCGAAGGCCACCAAGAAAAUUGUUACGUGCCUCAUCUGUCCACAUUAGUCCCUUUGAAGUAACAGACCACAUCGCCAAUGUUUUGGAAGCCAUCACGGAUCUGGGACAAGAAUCUCUCGUCAUCAUUCGCGGUACUCUAGAUUUUCUGGCAGACAAAGGUGCAAAGCUUGAUAGUCUAGAUGUAGUCUUUGAGAAACUAAACACCGAAAAUUCAAUCUUUUGGAAUGAUGAAACUUCGGGGUUUCAAUUAAUGAAUACCUUCCAGGAUGUGGUGUUGGCUACAGCUUCCUUGAUGCUUGAAUAUUUAGAUGACGAGAAGUCAACUCGACUAUUUGAACAAACUACAAAAGAGGUAUCAACGCUGCUACAGAAACUCGCCCAGAUAGGAACUAUAGCACUUUCAGAUGAUGAUGUAGAGAGGCUAUACGACAGUCUAGCAAUGCUCAAAUCAGGGAGUAUGAUGUUAAGAGAUGUUUUCAAAAGCAAGGGACCAUCUGGAAAGCCUCUCAUAGGCAACGCUCAAAGGUGGUUCAGGCCUCUUGAUUUAAAAAAGCUCUUUCAAUCACCAGCGAUGAUGGCUUACGGGUUACGAGAUUCGGUGGGUUCCAACAGACUUUAUCUGCCUAGGAUUAGGACGUCCUCGAAGAGCAUGCAUGGAAGUGGUAAACGUUCGGCAGUUAUUAUCGCAAAGACCUUUCUGCCACUUCUACCAUCCGAUGUUGUCGAAGCCACGCAGAAAAUUCCUCAAGAGAAACGUUUCACCUUCAUUGUUGAAGCAAUGGAUAUCAGAUUACAGCGACGCUUAAGAAUGGCUAAACGAGAUCCAGGUGGAAAAAAUAAUCGUGAUAUUCUUAAACUCAUGACAACCGUUUUGCAGCAGUCGGAGAAAGUUCAGCACCGCGUCAACAGACGUUUGAACGCCCUUGGUAUUCAGGGAGUUGCGGAUAAACCUCGAGCCGUGGCAGAAAUUUCGAGUAUCAUUCGCAUAGUCAAUCGACCAUCUUUCAUUAAACCUCACGAAUGGAGCCGUCUGACAGGGGGAGCUGGACUUGCUUCGAUGCGUCUUGGGAACACAACUCUGUGCCACAGAGGAGAGAAUAAAGCCCUCGGUCCUCUUAUUCGCGCAGACAGGACAAGCGAACUGUCCCACAAAAUGGUCAUUAAUUACGACAUUGCCCAUCUGUUCAACCGUCAUUCAUUAGCUCGAUUUACAGAACUUUGUGGAGGCAAAUAA